AUGGGAUUAUUGCUUUCUAAAAUAUUCACUUCACUCUUAUCCCGGAAGGAAAUGCGUAUUCUAAUUUUGGGUUUGGAUAAAUCAGGAAAGACAACUAUUUUGUGUAUCCAAAAUUAAUCUAUUUUAUAGAUAAAUUGCAUUCUAAUGAGUUGAUCCAAACAGCACCAAGUAACUAAAUUAUCAUUAUAACAACAAGCAAUGGGAUUCAAUGUGGAAACACUUACCUACAAAAAUUUGAAGUUCCAAGCUUGGGAUUUGGGAGGUCAAAAUGAUCUCAGGUAUUCUACCAAAAUAUACUCCUAGAAUAUAUUGGAAGUGUUACUACCCAAAUACAAAUGGGAUUAUCUAUGUGAUUGACUCCUUUGAUGAAGGCAGACUCAAAACAUCAAAGGAAGAGUUAAUGAACAUACUAUAAAGCCAAGAACUCAAAGAUGUUCCAUUAUUGAUUUUGGCAAAUAAACAAGUUUUAUUUCGGUUAUAUUUAUAAUUUUGCAGGAUAUGUAAGGAGCAUUGAGUGAAACUCAAAUUUGCGAGUUCUUAAAAUUAGAAGUAAAGAAAACAAGAAAAUGGACAAUGUAUCUCAAUUAUAAUAUAAUUAAAAUUAGAGUUAAAUGUAGUGCUUUAACAGGUUUGGGUUUAAAUGAAGGUAUGUAAUGGAUGGCAAAUGCUAUUAAGAAGUGA